GGCAACCAUAAACCUUAAGAGGCGAUCCAUAACCAUGAACGACGGAGAAGUGCCAAUGACGUUGAUGAUGCUUCCUAAUGAUUUGGUAUUAAACUGCUUAGCCCGGGUUUCGAGAUUGUACUAUCCCAGUAUCUCCUUAGUUUCCCAUAGAUUCCGCUCUAUCCUUGCUUCAACUGAGCUUUACCAAAUCCGAAGCCUCUUAGGCCAAACUGAGAGUUGUCUCUAUAUACCAAAUAGUUCUAAGAAAAUUUUGAUCCCAGUUACAUCCCCCAAUUCUCCUUGUACGUACCAGUCAGAUUUUGCAAGGGUUGGCUCUAAUAUUUACGCUAUUGGCGGAUUCAUAAAAGAUGAUAAUGCAUCAUCUGCUAGCAUCAUGGUCAUGGACUGUCGUUCUCACACAUGGCAUGAGGCCCCAAGCAUGCGUGUCGCACGAGAGUCCCCUUCUGCUUGCGUCCUUGAUGGAAAAAUAUAUGUGAUAGGAGGCUCCAAUGUUCUCGAUACAACUCACUGGGUGGAGGUAUUCGUCACAGUGCAUAAAACUUGGGAGUUUGGUUCGUCUUCAAGUCCUGGCGAGAAAAUAUGUAGCGGUUUUAGGUAUCAAAGCGUAGGGUGUGAUGGAAAUGUCUAUGUGAAGUGUUUUGAGCGACCUGUGACUUACAAGCUGAAUAAAGGUAGAUGGAGAGCGGCAGACUUAGGUAUGAACAGGGGAUGGUGGUGCUCAUCAUCUAAUAUCUCAUCAUCAUCUUAUUGUGUGAUAGAGAACGUGUUAUACUGUUAUUGUCACGGGAUGAUCAAUUCGUACAACCCGGAAAAAAAAGGUUGGACAUAUGUAAAGGGAUUGAACGGUUUGGCAAAAAUGUUAUCGCCGGACUAUCGUUGUGUUGAUGCCAAAGUGGCGGAUUAUGGUGGAAAGUUGGCGGUUUUGUGGGAAGAAAAUGUGCCCGUUAAUGAGUACCACCUUCACGGGAAAGUAGUUUAUUGUGGGAUAAUUGCGCUUGAAAAACACCAAGGGAAUAUUUGCGGAACACUUGAGUGGUAUGACGUUGUGUAUGCAACCACCGAGCCAGAUGUGUAUGAUGUAGCACAUUUUCUUGCUGUUACACUUUGA